AAUAUGUGAUCGUUAUGUGUGUGAACUAAGAGAUUACAUAGGUUUACGCGAGACGCGGUUCGCUGCGUAAAACCUUAGCAACUUUCGUUGGGGAUCCUGGUAGAAGAAGAAAUAAUAUAGGUCUCUGAUCGACAUUCAACGAAGCGAGACGUACGCAGCGCUUGUGACCUAGUAAUCUAUAAAGCAGGACCAUGUCUAGGGUGUUCUUGCCGGCUGUUGGCGAGAUAGAAGGGUGGAGUGAAGCGGACGUGGUAGCAUGGCUGAGACAGAAUGACUGCGAGUGCUGCAUAGGUGCUUUUCAAAAGAGACAGAUCACCGGCCCAAAACUAUUGGAGCUAGAAGAAGGUGUACUGUUAAUGUGGCGUGAGCUGCCAAUCAGGUUCCGAAGGUUAAUAGCCGACUGUUUAAAGAAAACAAAAAGUUCCACAGGCAAGAUGAAGUUCCCAGUAAAACUUCCUGUUCAGAAAACCCCACCGCCCCCAGUCACCAAAGACUACCAUCACGAUGAUUGUGAUGGCAAUUCUUCUGAUGGAUGGGAUAGCGAGUUUGACGAUCUAGAUGAUGAUGGUGAUGGCGAGGAAUAUGAAAACCCAGAUGAACUUCAAAUACAGAAGAACGCGAAUUUUGGUAACACAAGUCAUAGUUCAUCAAUGGAAACAUCACCCAGAGGAAUGCCGCACAAUGAACCAACAACACCGCUUGUGUAUGAGCUACCGGAUCUUCCACCACUAAUUGACAGAUGUGCCAAACCACAAAGACCUCCAAAUGUUUUUAUCCCACUAAGUAUCAGUUCAUCGCCACCCCUUGAAAACGCACCAGCACCCCCGGCAGAGGCGAGUGGGGACCAGAAACACAGACCUUGGGAUAAGCCGCCACUGCCCACCACGCCUAAACCGUCACUUUCGAAAGGAUGGGUUAGCAUAACUUCUCCUUCAUCGACUCUCAAGGUUGGAAAUCUGACUGGAGGCUAUAGCCAGACGAGUCCUGCAUCCAGCUCAGCACCAUCGAGUGUAGAAGUAACCCCAGAAAAUCAGAGAAGGAGAGAUGGAAAGAGGGGUCUGCCAUCUAUUCCAGUUUGUGGUGUGAACACAGACGUUUCUGGAGGGCGAGGUAGUGCAAAGAGAGUACUGCCACCGAUUCCUGUUUCACCAAAUAAUCGCAAAGUGGGUUCUGAGCUUAGCAACCAGAGCUGGUACCAUGGAAACAUAGGCAGGGAUCAAGCUGGAGAUAUGCUUCUCAAGAUAGAAACGGAUGGGACGUUCCUGGUGAGAGACAGUAAGCGAGGGAAGUGCCCAUAUACUCUCGAUGUCUUGUUCGAACGCAAGACAUGGCACUUACAAAUCCGACAGCGACGGGAUGGCCUCUAUGCCCUUGGAUCCGAGAAGGACAAUGAAACGAAAUUUGCAAGCAUUCAAGAGAUGAUUGCACAUCAUAAAAUCAACUGUAUCAGCCUAGCCAGGGGUGGCAAAGUGAUCCUUGAUAAGGAGCCAUGACCUGGCAAGUGUCAGUCACCAUUGGCACUGUGAUUCGGCUGUAAGCCUGAAGCCAAUAAAUGCUUCUCCCUAUUGUAUGAAAUCCACACAUGUAUAUACGCCAGUAAUGGAUCCCUGUGGAAUGAAAACACUAGUUUUCGUUCUGUAGCACUAACAUGGUGAUUGUUAGUCUUACUACUUAGCUAGCUUAGAUUCAGUAAAGGUGAAUGCCUUUGCUUUAUGCUAUAGUUAGCAGCAUGUGUUACCCUUCAUACUACGGAGGCAGUCAUUCUUAGAUUGAUAUUAGAGCAAAUGGUUAUGGAAUCAUAUGCUUCAAUGCAUGUAUAAUGUAAAGUAUACGUGCUGUGCAGAGAAGAAUAUACUUGCAUAUAGUUUUAUCUAGAUAUGUGCUGCAAGUUAUACAAAUGUUAGCUCAAUUGCAGAUCAAACCUAAUUUAGUGAAAUGAAAUCGUAUACGUGCCAAAAUAGGUUCAGUACUCAUGCAGUCAGUGGAAUGACAGAAUAAUCACCAUGGUCUGUGUAUUUACUCUAGCUCCAGCCAUGGAUCAUACUGUCUUACAAGUCGUGUACGGUGGAUGGUUAAAAUAGUGUAUAAAAUACUUAAUACAACUUCCAAUGCGUAUAUUUAUAUCAAUAUUAGUACAUUCUACUGGCACAAGUUGAUGAAAUGUAUGUGAUGAUGUUCACUAUGCACUGUCCAAAUGUAUAUAGCAUAACAACUAACUUAUCGUAACCCUGUUACAAGUCAGUCGUACAGGAUAUUGUAAUGUCAUAGACUGUGCGAAAAUAUAGCAGCUAAAUUUGUUAAUAGUUAAUGCUAUGAUAACGUAUUAACAUAUUCACUAUGUUGGUUUUAGUUGACGUUUAUAUUUCCCUAUGGUAUUUUGCCAAUUGCAAGUACAGACUUCACACAAAUAUAUAUAUAUAUAUAUAUAUAGAGAGAGAGAGACAGAGAAUUUUGGCAUUAAUAAAAACAAAAACUGAUAUGUUCACGAGCUUAUUUUGUACCUUUAUUAUUCGGCUAUCUUGUACUGAAAUCGGUUUAUAGCUAUUUAUUGUCGUAUUGCUGUAAAUUAUAUUCCUAAACGGUGCCGAUUCGGAACAUGCCGAAGGCCUCUCAAUCAAUGCUGUGUUUGAAUACAAUUUACAGCAACACGGCAUUAAAUAGCUAUAAACUUAUUUCAGUAUACAAUAGGCGUAUAAUAAAGGUACGAAAUAAGCUAAAAACAUAUACAUUGUUGUUUUUAUUUAUGCCAAAAUUGUAAGUGGGAAAUCGUUAAAAACGUGGGAAAAUAUGUGUCAAACUCCUUUGAGAUUAUUUACACCUGAUAUAUAUACAUAUAUAUAUAUAUAUAUCAGGUUGUCAAAGCAUCUGUCCAAUAUGUCUGAAGCCAGGGAGUACAUGAUAGUGUUCGUGACCAAUAUUCUGUGAACUAGUUAGUUAUCACGUAAGCUGCUGUCAUAGAUUGUAUUGACUACGAAUGUAAUAUAAUUGUCUGCCUAGCAGGAUAUUAUCAUUGCUGUAAUUGCCUGUGCUAUUGAGUUAUUAUACUCUUUCAUAUA